AUUAUACACUUAAUAUUGUCCACCCCAAAGUGCCUGCCUAAUCUGUAUUCUGUGUUGUAUGUAAAUAAUGUUGUUUUUGUGAAUUUAUAGGAAGACAAUAUAAGAAUAAGUUACAGAGAUAAAAGAAAUAAAUGCAAAUUUCAGAAACAGGCAAUACAAAGUUCCCGAGUAUAGGGGAUGAAGAUUCUGUCAAUUUUCGGCCAUCGCCGAACUUCAGACUUAUGAAAAAAUACUUAAAAUACAAGAUCGGGGAGGAGAGUCACUCGCCCCAAUAUCAUGGAGUAGCAGAAAUCUCAGAAGCAGAAGCGAUGAAAAGAAAGAAACAUGAGCAGACAGAGAAGGUUCAUCCACCAUUACCUAACCGCCCACCGCUGCCGCCGCCGGAACCACUCCUUGCAAAUUUCAAAAAGGAAAUCAAUGAUGACGAGGAGACACCUUCAAUAACCAUAAAUAUCAAGAAAGAUCCAACUGAGAAUUAUGAAAAGCCUAAUGACGUCGAAGAGACCAUGUGUCGUAAUUUUGUGCGUAACACUUGCAAUCGUGGUGCGUCAUGUAGAUAUCUCCACAAAAUAAUACAUUCCCAACUUAAAGGAGUUUACAAAUUCUGUAUUGAUUUUGAAAAUAAAAAGUGCACACGUGCAGAAUGUUCAUAUGCUCACGCCACAGUGCACGAGAAAGAACAUUUCUUCAGAACGGGCUAUUUACCACCAAAUACAUUGAGCCAUAUUAAGAAAAAAACAGUCCUACCUCCAGCUAAAACCAAAGAAACAUCAUCCGAGCUAUCGGCGAAUUAUACCGGCACUACAUACCCUCAUAGCACCACUUCUGUUCCGAUGUACACAAAUGCUUCGAAUAUAAGCAUGAUGCAAAAUCCAUACGAGAAGCAAUGGCCGGAAAUGGAAGACAAAUCGUCGCCCGAGAUGGCAUAUUAUAGUGGGCAUCCAUCUUAUCCUCACAGUACGAGCACAGGUUACCCGAACGCUCCGCCCAAUACGCCUAUAGUGCAAAAUCCAUACGCCACUGUAAUGUCUCCUACGAAGAGGCAGUGGACAGAAAUGGAAGAACCCGUGAGUCAACCCACGCACGAGUACGCAGAGUACGCUGAAAUGGCUGGAUCCAAGAAAUGCAGAAACUGUGACGUCAACGAGUUCAGAUUCCAGCAUAACAAAAACAAAAUCAUGAAAAUGAUAAAAGACACAGACGACUUGAAUCAUCGCGUGGGGCAAAUAACUAAAAAGAACACUAAAUUGAAUGAAGUACUUGUGCUGCUCGUCGAAGUUGUGACCGAGCAUUGUAACCCGGGCAUCACUGACGAAACGAAUUUUGAUGGAAGUGCAAUGGCUGAAGAAUCUGAAGAGUCUGACAUGUUAUCGGGAGACAUGAAUUAUUAUUAAAUUAGUAUUAGUUACGAAUUUAUUAUUGCAACUAUUGCAAUUAUUCUAACAAUUAAGACAACAUUUAGACUCCAGAUACAAAACUUAAAAUACACCAUAAUAAGAAACUUUUCUUUCCUACUUUAUUUUUUAACAAGUGCGAUAAGUUUUUUAGUCCACAAACUGGUUGUGUAUAAUGAAAGCAACCAUGUUUUCAAUAUUACCUAUAAUCUAAAAAUGCAUUAGAAAUGAAUAAGAAACAAGUUAAAUAAUCAUUUUACCUCUUUUUGGCUUAGGUGUUUUAUAAAAACAACUUUAUUAUAACAAUAAAAAGAAAAUCAUUAUAACAUAUGACACAGAUUCCAUAUGAUGAAUACUAGAAUCAAGACCGGUGAUAGCAUCAACACCGGUAUAGUACAUACUGCAAUAUACACAAUACGCUCAAUUAAAGUUAUCAAUAAUUUAUUUAAACAUUACUGAUAAACGGAUCUGUGUCGAAAUCAACGUGUGACGUCAUGAUACCAUUGUGUAAUAAAUCUUUAUUAAGUAUUGAUAUUGGCUAAACACGCGUGUAAUGUUAAAACCUUAACGGGUUUACGUAUUAAAACUUAUUCGUAAAUAGGUUCAUAGAACUGAGGAUGAGACAACUUAGUCGUUACAGGCUUAUUUUUAAAGAAAUUUGGAGGACUUGCUUAAAAACUGGGAAGAUGAAUUCAAAGAUAUGUACCCGUUACACACACACUGAGAAACAUCAAUCAAAAUCUCAACUACCCCCAUUUUGAGUUUUGCAGGUUAUAAAUACAUUUUUACCUCAAGACAAGUCAGAGAGCUUGCAGAAAAUGGGCAUGUCUAUUUUUCAUGGUAUAUUUUAUAAUAUAGAUAACUUCUUUUGAAUUCGUCACCAUCAACAACUAUAAUAUUCACAAAAGAUCCCAAGGGUCAAGAUUGCAGGCAAUACUUAACCGGAUCUUAAAUAGCUCUUUUCGAUUUGACACACUCCGUAUUUUAGAGGAUAACAAACCGAACACUGGUGUCUGAAUGUUGUUUUAAAUAAUAUAAAUAUUAUUGUAGAUUUCUCGAAACAUUACUAUUUUAUCGUAUGUAUGUUUUAUGUUUGUUUCUAAUUUGUUCGUCGAUGACAUGAUUAUUUACACAAUUAUAAAGUGCUCAUUUUAUACAUUGCAUGCAUUGUGCAUUUUUACGUAGGUAACUAAAAUGCAAAACGUAUGCUAAUGAUAUUUAUAAAUUUUCCAGGAUACUAUUUUUAAUAAUGAUACGAUACUUUUUUGACGGAAAUUAAUAAUUUUUGCUGCUUUUUUAUUUAUCUCUGUAUUUAUUCCUUCAAUACAUUUACCUACAAUAUUUAUAAAUAAAAUAAAUUUUACAAAUAUAUGUAAACUGUGGUAAAUAAUAUAACUACUGAAAAUCCACAGAAUAUAACUACAGAAGAUCUUAACGGGCAAAAGCCACAAAUUUAUGUGAAUUACUAUUAUUAAGAAUCUCCAUAAUACUCAAAGAAACCAUUGAAAUUCACAGCUAGAGGAUAAAACUAGAUUUCAUCUUGAAAUUUUGAGAUGUCAUAACAAACACAUUAUUAUUGUAUAUCAAACAUAUUUCUGCUAUAAUCAUAAUAACGUAGUGCAUAAAUGUUAGUGUAUUUAAAAAAUAUUUUAAUAUUAGUCAUACCAAAUUUAUUACAGACAAGUUUGUAAGAAAAAAUGGUAACGCUUGUUUUCUUUAGUUUUCCAGUGACAGAUACUAUAUUUGUUUACAUUGCAUUUACAUUUGUUUAUAUUAUUAAGUUUUUUAUUUUAUUUACUUUGUAUGUUUUUAAUUGUUAUCAUUAUUUAUUUGGAUAAAUAUAUUUUUAGGGAUUUUACCUCUUUGAUGUUUAGAUGAGUAAGUCUAUAUUUCGGUACUAUUAGUAUUGAUGUUCGCCAUACCAAUUGAAAUGUAUACCUACUAAUAAAUAAUUAAAAAUA